UCUUCGUUUUCAAGUGCAGAGCGGAAGAUAGAUGGAGACAGCUUUUGGGCUGUUCAAUCGCAGGAAUAAUGUCUGAUUGUCGCUGCUGAUGAUGUUUGCCUUCUGGACAGCUUCGGAGAGUGCUCCUUAUUAAUGGAUACCGAUCAAUUCGAUUUUCUUUGCCGAUGAUGGCGGCUGAAGUGUUGUAAUGGACGUGUAGAUAAACUGGAGCAACCCACCUCCCGAGUGUUAUCAGAUCCCAUGAUUCUCUCGCUGGAAUUCCGCGGAGGACUGCCUUCUGGCCUCCUAGAGGCCCAUUGCCGUACGUGCCAAUCUCGGAUCGCGAGUGAUAAUCUUCCAUUUAAAUUUUGCGGCCAAUCUUCGAGCUGUGAAGAAAACAGAAAAUGUUCAAUCAAUCUCAGGGCCUAUAUUUUUCGAAUGAUUUCAAAUAGUGAUCUAAAGCAGUGUGGUUCCAUUGGACGAAAGGAGCGAAAUAUAGAAUACUAAGCAUAUUUUGAUGAUAGUGUGUUAUGCAUUGUGACAAGAAAAUGGUGACGAAGCUCUGAAAAACUCCCGAGUGUGAAAACCAUUCAAACACACGAAGGGAAGUCCCCAAUAACCAAACACAGAAAAGGCUACAGAGCACGGACGGAGCUAGAGCGAAGAAAAGUUGACAGAUUGCGAGUGUGAACGAGCGCUUUCGCGCCGGUGUUAGUGAAUAGGGCGUAUGCGUGUAUCGGUGAAUUAGGGCUCUUUGUACACAGCAGUAGCCAGAGUGCGCUGGGGAGAAUCGAUUUUUCCCUCGACGGACGUGACGACGGUGUUGGGUCUAUCUCUCUUGGUGUCCCCUUCGUAUAUGGAUACGGCUACGGCUUUGGUGGAUUGAGUCGCCCUUCCAUAUAGAUGGGGGAAACUCACUGUUGGAUGAUCCGACCGAGCCAGGAGCAGCGGAGGUAGUAGUCAAUGGCAGGAAGUGUGAAACGGAAAUACACCACCAGUCGGCAGUCGGUGGCACAGCCAGUGUAAGGAAAUAUAAUUCGUCAAUCGGACACGUACGCAUACCCCUACAAUAUUGAGGAGUGUUACAUCCAGAUGGGAAGCUUCCCCCUAUCCCCUCGACAACGACAUCGAUUCCCCAACGUCUGUGUCAUGUAGAUUAAUGGAGGAUAGCUCACGCAUUCGCAUUUUCCCCAUAUAGUGUCAUUAGUCGAUCGUCGCCCCAAAAACUGGCAAUGGGAAUCGAAUUACCCACUUAGAAACACCCCAUCGUCAUAUGCGUUGUAACUGCAGACAUCAGCAAUCUUUUCGGGUUUUGCCGUUCCUUAUGCUUUCGCACAAAUCGCGCAGAACAGUGUAGAAUCAAGUAGCAGCAGUCAAAAUAAUCAAUUAAUUGAUAAUGUCCUCUACCAGUGGAAAUUAAAGCCGCACAGCAACGCGAGCCACCACACGGUCAGCCUGAGAGGCGAGAGUGAACCAACGUACGAUCAGAAAAUGUAUAUCAAAAGAGGAGUAAUAACAAUAAUAAGAUAGCGCUAAGAUACUUCAAUCGGACAUUCCACGGCAGUGGCGGAAAAGAGGGAAAAAGGCAACCGACACUCUCGCACUGCACACACGCAGAGAAAACCACACACGCAUACACGGUUGAUAUAUCGCACUGGAGCACAACAAAUUAAAGGUAUUAUACGAAAACAAACAUCCAAAAGAACAAGACCCACAAGGAGAGAACGAGAGACUUACAUACUUCGGAAUCCCACACACAUUCUCAUUCCGGCUGCUUCUUGCUGCUCCGGACCGUCUCGGUUUCGCAGUUCGCGGGUCAAAUCCUGGCUCGUCCCACACGGCGCGACGACGAGCAGAUCAUGUACGUGAUCAACCCAGCGAACAGCGGCAAGGACAUCCCGAACAGCUACCCAACGAACGCUGGAAGUAACUCGAAUAGCAGCAGUGGCAGCGGUAGCAGCACUGUCGUUGGCACUCAGGAGAUUAUCAGCAAAAUUUUGACAAAAUGUGCCACGAUGACAGAUGCUGAAUCGAGCAGCACCGUCAAUGGAACAGCGACCAUACUACUGUCCCCGUCGGCGGCCGUUCGGCGAAACCAACCGUCGGCAGCGACGACGGGGGGCCUAGUGGGCGUUUCGCCCCAAUCUUCGCCUGCGUCAUCUUCGUCGUCCGCUUCGUCGCCGACCGCCGACGGGCCGUAUCCGCACAGCGGCUUCCAGACUGCUGCCGGCAAGGAUAAAGCCAAACCCGGUGGCACGGGGUCAUCCGGUAGUGCGGGGGGAACGAAUGGUUCCGCAGGGAAACACGGAGACAGCAGUGCUGCUGGAAACGGAACAGUGACCGGCAAGAUCAACGGCAAUGGUACACAUUCUGGGUCGAUCAGUGCACCCGGCGGGAGAUUGCAGUUCUUCAAAGAUGGAAAAUUCAUCCUGGAACUGGCGCGUGCCCGCGAAGGCGAAAAGACCAGCUGGAUCUCGGUCCCUCGCAAAACCUUCUGGCCACCAACGAUCAGCUCCACCAAUGCCAACUUUCACAAGCACGAAAGUUCGACGUCGCUUAGCUUUUCCGACGAUAACAGUUCGGUACAGUCUUCCCCGUGGCAACGAGACCAUUGCUGGAAACAGACCAAUCCUCGAUCCAACAUCUCCAAGGAGAUGUCCCUCUACUACCACCGGCCGAGCUGCGUUCGGUUUAGGCUAUCACGGGACGAGUGGAAGCGGCUUAGGCAGAAACGAAGGCGACCCUAUGAACCCGCCCUGACCAACGCUGCUAACGUAGCCCUGCCGUAUGAGAUUAUUAGAGAUAGAAUUGCUGCGGAUGCGUCGUCGGCGGAUGUCGAUGUGAUGGAUUUCAAGGUGAAUGGAAAAUCGCCGGAAGCUGGCAGCGACGAAGAUGAGGGGAAGGUGAAACUGGAACCCAACGAAAGUGCGAUGCCAGCCAAGGAGAACGGAACGAAAGAUUUCAAAAUAAGUCGACGAAGGGGGAUGAUAAAACGGCGGAAAGACUUGGGGACGAUAGUGCAGCAGUUGACUGUACGGGUAGCGAAUAGUGCAAACAGUGGUGCUCCUCGAUUGCCACCGGCUGGCAUGAGGACUGUGUUCAGUUCGUCCCACCAGCAACACGUGUCGCCCCGGAAAAGAAUACUCAGAGAGCUGGAGAAAGUUUCGUUGGAGGAUAGCAGUACUAUGAAAAGAUCUCGUUCGAAACCUGGUAGUAAUAGUACCGUUAUUACGGCGACGACGGCAACUCCAUUGGCAUCGGUUAGUAGCAAUGGAAAUGGCACCAGUAACUCUACCGGUAGUAGCAGUAGUAAUAGCAAUAGUAAGCUGUCCAAUGGAGUAGUAGCACCGUCAUCGGUUCCAACGACGCCGGUUUCGCGCCCUAUUAGUAGCUACAGUAUAACUUCGCUACUCGGGCACAACUCAACCAGCGAAAGCAACAGCAUUAGAAUCAAACAGGAAACAAAUACUACAACUAGUCAACAUCCGUACCAGCAACACCAAGCUUCUUCGCACUAUCAGUAUCUCGGUAAAGACGUAACGUCACCCAAAUCUCCCUCCGAUCCACAUCUAAGUCAGCGAUAUUACGGCAAGAAGAAAUCACCCAGUUAUGGAUCACAGAAUGCAGCUUCUCCAAAUCCCACCACCGAUUAUGGUGCCGGCUAUAGCAUGGUACGGUCGCCAAACCUCAGUCCCAGUCCGGAACACCAAGGCCAUAGUUUCACCCGCUAUCGACAGCACCCGUACAGUAUCCACCCUACAGUAUCUUCCCCGAGCAGCUAUUCCAGUGUGUCACGAUGUUCUCCAUCGCCCAGUACCAAUGAUUCUGCCAGUUCGCCAUACAGUGGAAGCGCAAAAUAUAGGUCGACAUAUCUGGCGUCCGGUGGUUCUCCUCCAUCAUCUUCCAACCCGGGCACGGCAAAUUCUCCUCAGCACUAUUCUCGGCAAUCCCCGUUGAAUUUCGCUCGAUCACCGCCUCCAUCUCAUCAAGCGAGCUAUCCAUCGAACAGCAGUUUCCGAAACAAUGGCAAGGAUCCCACAUUAUCGCCUCGAGCAUCACCCAACGUAGAACCAAUUCGAGUACCAGCUACCACGCCCACUUCAUCUUGUUCGAAUCCCACCAUCCGAACUGUGCCAAAGAAAACAGCUGCCCUGCGGCAACAAUUCGGUUCUCCAUCCUCAUCCCCUUCCACAACGGAUGCCGCAAGGCGUGAACGUUCCAACUCGAAUGCCUCAUCGACGUCCUCGGAAAUCGUCCGAACGGCCCACUUCAAAAAAGAACUGGACUACGUUGAACGGUCUUCCGCUUCCGAUGUUGUCGAUGGAGUACCACCUGCCCUCUCUACAUCGCAAUCGAAUACCGUGAUUCGACCGAGUACGGUGAUCGCCUCGCCAACUCCGCACCAUCCGGUGCCUCCGCACCAUGCGGUUCCGAACCCGUUCUACAUGUACCCGCCUCAAAUAGCCGCCUCGCUACUAGCUGCCCAGCAGUCCAGUGCUGUCCCUUUCCUGCCGAUACCGCCGUACUAUCAGCACAUGUACAGCCAGGCAGCUAUGGCAGCGGCCUAUCGAAGUCCCCUCUGGAUGCACUACCAGAGUAUGUCUCCGCAUGCCAUUUCCCCGCCCAGUGCCCUCCAGCCAUCGACUAGUAGUAGCAGUAGCAGCAACAGCAGUACCAACAGAGACGCACAACAACGAGAUUCAACUCGACCACAUUCCGCAGCUACGGUUGCAUCCAGUUACAGUCACAAUACCACCGCCAGCAACAGCAGCAGCAGCACCACCGCCCACAACAACAAAGGAAGUAGUUCUUCUCCAUCGCCUGGGGCGGCGGCACUGAAUUACAGUGCGGCAGCCCUGGCAGCAUCCUCCCAUCCCCAUCACCCGCAUCAUCCAGCAGCACAACACCACAGUAUGGCGUCCGGGCCGUGGAGUGUACCACAGCAUGAGGUACCGGUGCCGUCGGCGACGAGCGGGGCGAUAGCCAUCAAACAAGAGCACGGAGCAGAUGUUCCACUCAAUUUGUCAAAGCACUGAAGACACUUCACCACCAAGGUAGAACCAACAACACUGGUUCAGUAACUGCAUCAGUUAUAUCAGAGGUGAUGGAGCAAUAAUAAUCAUCCUGUAAGGUAACUAUUACGCCUAGCGUACAAUCAAACGAAACCAAGUCAUUGCGCAUCUUUGUCGUCCAAUGUAAAAGCUGUUCAUGUACCUAAGUGUAUAUUUCGGUAGAUCGCCUUAUCAGACAUUUAAAAAAAAGUUACAAACCCAAGAACAAAUAAUCGUAAACGAAGGAACUGUCUUUUUGUGUAUAAUCAUCGGAGAUGGGGUAACGAAAAUUCAACAAUAUAGCUGUAUGCUUUUAAGUGUUGGUGUGAUUCCGCAGAUUGAAAACAUUUACGUACAUCGUUUUUAAGGAGCCUAAUAUAUAUGUAUAUAAAGAACAGAGUAAAGAACAAUAGACAUUUCGGAGAAGGGUCCAGACUACAAAAAAAGUAACACAACAAAAACCCAAGGUUUACACUAUUUUCCAAAACGAAAAGAAGACAAACAAAAAAUAAAACUAUUUUUGCUAAAAAGUUGUAAUAAAUUAUUGAAAAAACGAACGGAGAAAUUAUAUACAUGUAACAUAUAUACACGUAUCUACAUAUAUACACGUAACAGAAUUAUUAUAUAUACAAAAAUUAAAAUACUUGAAAAAAAAGGAGUCAAUGGUUUUAUUUUCGGUACAUUUUAGUACUGAACCUAUUUAAACCCUUUCGAAAGUGCUUGUAGUAAACGCGUAUUUUUGGCGUCUUUAGAGGUCCGAGAAACAGGAUUCGUACUGCGAUGCAAUUUUUAAAAACAGAAAUCAAAAA